AUUCAAUACUAGACGUGUUUAGAUUCUAUAACUAUGAUAUAUCCGUCAGGUUGGUUUAUCUGAUGCAUUUAUUAUCAAAAUAAAAUAAAACCAAUAAACAAAGGAUAUUUUGAUAUUCUAUAAAUAGGCAAGGAUUAUUUACAUUAGAUAGAAUGUGAGAAUUCCUUUACUUGGUACUCUGUGGAACAAUUACAUGGAAUAUAAAAAUGAGAUUUAAAGACAAUAGUCAUGACUAAAAUACGACAGUUCAGUGCAUGUACCCGAUUGCGCCGUGGUAAACUAUUUGGGAAGGUAUGUUGCGCCAAACGUCUAUCAUUAUUCCUGGUCAUGGGAAGUUUCAUGAUUUAUACAAUGUGUCUUAUGAUAUUACCGUCAGUAAGCGACAGACGAGAUGUUUUAUAUCUCACCGGAAAUCUGCAGCAGAAGUUAGUUGUACAAAAUGGCGGUGCAAAUGAAAAGAUAUUUGGCGCGAAUUUUCAGUAUUCGGGAAACGUUCCCUAUCACAGAGAUGGUUACUUAGGCAAAAAAAUGUUAGAAAGUAUUAGAAAUACAGCUGAAACUGAACAGACUCAAGUCGAAGAACCAUCUAAACAAAUGCAAGCAAGUUAUAAAAACGAGUUUUUGAAUAAAAUCAAUGUGUCAGAAAUUCCAUUUAAUAAAUCUGCAUUUGGUGAUGAAUACACAUUAAAUCAAACACGAUCAGACAUAUACGAUUUUCCAUUUACAAUAGACGGGCAUGAAAUCUGCAAAGAUACAUCACCAUUCCUUCUUAUCAUGGUCCUUUCCGUACAUACGCAUAUUGACACACGUUCAGCUAUUCGAAAUACAUGGGGUCGAGCUGUUGACCCUGGUGUUUGGCCAAAAGUUGGCGUUUUAAAACAUAAGGUGAAGCUUAUAUUUUUGUUUGGCAAUGCGAAAAACGAAUUAGGUAACAAGAUUGCUAGAGAGGAGAGUAAAAUGUACGGUGAUAUCGUACAAGCGGAUUUUGAAGAUUCCUACUUUAACCUGACAUAUAAAACUGUAACUGGAAUCCGUUGGGUCGCCGAAUACUGUCAAGACGCUAAAUACAUACUCAAGGCGGACGAAGAUGUAUUUGUGCACGUACAUAACCUUGUAACCUUUCUAUCUAAACGAGAGAAGAAAAUUCAUGGUGUCAUCUUUGGUCAUGCUCUCAUGAAAUCAGAUGUGUUCAGGGAAGGACGAUGGGCUGUAUCUAAACAUGCAUAUCCACUUAGUGUGUACCCAACAUACACUUGUGGUAACACGUAUGUCAUUUCCGGUAAAAUGGCUGCCCAAAUAUACUACACUGCCGGACUUUUGCCAUAUUUAAAUAUUGAAGACGUCUUCGUCACUGGUAUAAUCAGAAGCUUCUUGAAUGCGGAACUAGUUGAUGUUCCCGGGUUCACGCACUGGUUUGAAAAGAAGCCAAAACCAUGUGAGUUUAAAAACCAAGUUAGAAUUUCUGCCACAAAAGUCACGGAAGCGAUGCAGAAUGCAAUCUGGGAAGGUCUGAAGACAAAGGAAGCAGACUGCUUCAAAUUAGUGCGCGUGAAACAUGUGAGAAUGAAUCGUCCAGAUAGCAUCAUUAAUACAAAGGUAAUAAGAGAUCAACAUAUUUUCAUGAACGAUACCAGUGGAAAAUUUUACAUAUUGUAAGACAUCAAAAAACG